AUGCAUUUAACGUCCCUCCUCUUGCCGCUUGCUGUGGCAAUCAGUGUGUCGGCUGUAGCAGUUCCUGGACCAAUCGACCUCAUCCGCCGUGCCCACACAACAGGAACAGUAAUUACAAAAUGCUCAAAGCCUGGAGUGCUGGCUCUAGCCUUUGACGACGGUCCAUAUACUUACACAUCGGCCUUGGUUGACAAAUUGGAUGCUGCCGGGGCAAAAGGUACCUUCUUCUUUACAGGUACCCUUUAUGGGUGUAUCUAUAACCAGAGAGCCGCCGUAAAGAAAGCAUAUGACAACGGCCACCAGGUUUCUUCACAUACGUGGACUCAUGCAAAUCUUGCCAAUCUUGGCACCUCGCAGAUCCAAUCCGAAAUGACCAAGGUCGAGCAGGCAUUUGUCAACAUAUUCGGCAAGAAGCCAGCCUACAUGCGUCCUCCAAACCUGGCAACAAGCAGCAACAUGCUGUCAGUCAUGAGCCAGAUGGGAUAUUCUGUGAUUACGGACGACAUCGACGCCGGUGACUGGAAUCACCAAACUGCUCAGCAGAGCGAGCAGAAAUUCACACAGGCAGGGGCCAGCGGCAAUGGUCAUAUCCCGCUCAUGCACGAGACUUAUGAUUCAACGGUCAAUACACUGGUGCCGUGGCUCAUCAAUUGGGCCAAGAGCAACAAUCUCAAGAUUGUAACUGUCGCCGAGUGCCUCGACGACGCCGCGAACAUGUACCAGCCAGGUACCUUCACGGGCGAUGGGGCUACGAGCUGCUGA